AUGAAUAAACUGAUUCGGAUUACACUUCUGACGAUUGCGGUCUUCCACCAUGCCGAUUGUAAAAGGACUAAAAGUAAAAAGUUAACAAGUGACACGGAGGAAUCUACGCCCCAACCUAGUGUUCUCACUUACUCCAAUUUUGGAUUCAACGAUGUUGGACCUUACGACGGCUUUGUACCGACGUCUCCUGACUACGCAACCCUUCUUUCUAACAAUAAAGAGUCGUCCACGAGACUAUAUGCGCCUGCGUUCCCGACUAAUCUGGAUUCCUCAGGAUUUAGUGAGAGUUAUGGUUCUUCUCCAGGUCAGUCCUUGCCAUCGGAUGAACAAUUACAAACAAGUAUGUCAAAGUAUCAAACGAGUAAUCUAAAUUACUUUACUUCCCCUAGUUUUGAUAACCUCAACGAUCCUAAUAAAUUUAUUUCGGAUUCAUCAAUCUAUGAGCAGUCCGACAGUGAUAGUAAUUCGCCAAUAUACGGGGCUAAGCUAAACUAUCCGAAGCAAAAGAGUAAAAUUCGUGAAUACAAUCCUGAGUACAACGUAUCAAGGGACGAGAUUUCUAAUAUAAAUGCCGAUGCUUAUACAAGAAAUGAGGAUACCUACAUUCAAUCGGAUAAGAAACAAGUUCAUGGCGAUAUAAAUCUCAAUAAGUAUCCGCCGCCUUACCAAUCGUCGUUUCCAAAAUAUACUACCACAACCGUAGUACCACCAGAAUAUGAAAACACAAAUAUUAAAACACCCGAGUCUGCUAGUGCGAUUAAAUUUCCUAGAGUUAUCGAUUUCACAAACAUGAAUGCCUAUUUUAGUAAAGAUGUGAAUAAUAAUGACAAUAUAAAUACUCGAUAUCAAAAUACACCCCUCGACAUAAAUCAAUAUAGCACUAAUACCGAUGAUAAAGUGUUCUCGAAUGCAAAUAAUAAUUUUAAUAAUGAUUUUGAUAAAAAUGCCAAACCCCCUCCACACCUAAAAUAUAACGCAUUUAACCUUAAUAGCGAAGCACAGAAGAACGAGAAGGACAUAGCGAAACUUAAUUAUUUAGCGAAUCAAGAAUUUUCUCAAAAUUAUUUUAAUAAUAAAAAUAAGCUCAAAGGAAAGUACAGUUUUAAUAACGAUAAAUUAAGGAAACCUUGGGAUUACAGCAAUAAAUACGAAAUUGGUAAAAAGUCACCUAUACGGUAUGAAUACACUACAAAUCAUACAGCUUCAAGUUCAAAGUAUGGAAAUCCUUUCAAACAUCCUUUUAACAAUAGCAUCGAUGAAAUAUCUCCUGCUAGCAGUAAUCUCGAUUUUUAUAAUUAUCAACAUCCUGAUACGGAAUUCGGCAACAUUAAAACUAACCCCUUUUUUAAGUCGCCCUUUGAAGACAGUGACAAAAAUGAUUUCAGUAUUCAUUUUGCAGAUAAAUUUAAACCAUUAAAUGAAUAUCAAAGUAGUUUGAAAAACUUGUACACCACUCCCCCCACAGUUACAUCACAUUGGGGAAAUUUAUUUAAACCGACUGAGUUUUCUUCACAUAAAACUAAUUUUCGAAAACCAGUAUUCCAAGAAGAACACGAUGAUAUCGUGCACAUUCCUAAAAGACCUUCGAGAGGUAAAUAUGGAACGCAUUUAGAAAGCAAUGCUUUCGGGGACUGGGCCCACAGGUUCAAACCACACGACUACAAAAAUCAGUAUGAAUGGCCUAAAGAAAGCAACAGGUACACAUCAGAAGAAGACCUGUUAGACCUACGAAACCAUGAUUUGACACAUUCCUCUCACCCACCCUUCAGACCAGGAUACAACGAUUCCCCCGAAGAUUUUGACUAUAAAAAACUAGUCGACAAAUGGAAACAAAGUUACUUGAAAUCUAAAUACAAAGAUUCCGUCCGUGAAUAUGAGACCUACGCUUCAGAAACGAAACCCAUCCACGUUCCAGUGCCAAAGCCGUACCCUAUAGAAGUACCUCAUCCAGUGAUAGUGCCAGUUCCCCAACCUUAUCCGGUUCACGUCCCGGUACCGAAACCUGUAGCGAUACCGGUUAUCCGGGAGAUAACCGUGCCGAUUGAGAAGCCGGUGCCUUACCCGGUCUACAAAAAGGUUCCAUAUCCGGUAGAAAAGCCGGUACCUGUACCUGUUGAAAAACAGGUUCAUGUACCAAUAAUGAAACCGUACCCCGUCGCCGUGCCACAAGUCAGGCCUCUGUUUCAUCACACGCGGCCUCAUGAUGAACGAGACCCUGACUUAGAAGACGAUGAAGAGUAUCAGACUCGGCCAGAGAGCAGCAAAAGAAUACCGAACUUGAAGCGCCCAAAAAAUAAAAGACCGCCACCACGAAGGCCAUCACGUAUGACGUACCAUGAUCGGGAUAGAAGGCGAGGACCACAACGCCGACCGCCUUCCAGGGACCAGAGAUACAGACACACGCAUAGUGAACGUCGUCCGUACAGACAUCAGGAUGAAUACGAAGAAUAUGAACCAGAGUAUAUGUAUUGCAAACGAACUGGGAAUUGUUAA